AAUCUGGGAGUAUGGAUAAGGAUGAGUCGCUUCCCUUUCACUGGCCUUGGCUUACUCAGACUUUGAGCUCCAUCUGCUACUCAAUCACUCCUCAGUUCCUCCUCCUCUCUCCCACACCUGCCACUAUCCUAGCCACCUUUUUUCUUUGUGCUCCUCCCCCUUCCCUACACUGUGCGUCCUCGUCCCCGGUUUCAGUCACCAGCUCGUGGGCCACCCCUUUGGCUUUCCCCUUUGUUCGGUGAUCCGGGGCAAUCCUCCCGCCACAUCUGGCUCCUCUCCAAGAUGGGGAAAGUGGGGACUCCCGUUUGCAGACCCUACGGGGCCCACACCGCGCGCCCCAGUCCCCCUCACCUCCUCUCGUCCUCGACACUCGCUCUCACCUCCCUGCCCCCCAUCAGCAUCUCACCCUCCCACCCCAAACUGUGGGUCCGAGGCUCCUGAGCUGCCUGCUGAAUAAGCUGGUGAAGGUGCCGGGUUCCCCGUCACUGCGUUCACCCUGAAGCACAUCCCAGGGGCUCCUCCCCAGAUCUUGCGCACCGGCUGCGGGAGGCUGAGGCCAGCUCCUCUUCCUCCUCAGCCAGGGAUGUCCACCACGGGCGGGGGCCGUCGCCACUGAGUCUGGAGCCCGGCACCACCCACUUGUCGGAGAGCGCCGCGCGGGGCCAGCGCAAAUCUCUCCACAGCCAGUGGCUCCUGCUCUCGUAAGCCCUAUCGUUGCAGGCAAACACACGCACGGCCGGGAGCAGGGCGUAGGUCACGAGCAGCACGUGCGGGCCCUCGGCGUCUCGCUGCAGGGUGAGGGUGCCCGCAGUGCCAGCGAGAGCGCCGGAGGGGGGGGAGUGGGCGCACGGGCGGCCGGGAGGCGGCAGCCCGGGGGAGCAGGGGCCACGCGGCAGUGCGGGCGGCGGGACUGCAGUGCCGCCUCUCCAGAGAAAGCCCACACGCUCACACGCCCGCGCGCGCGCACACACACACGUGCACACCGUAAGCAGCAAGAACACGAGCAAGAGCCCAUACGCUCUGGACACGUUUUAGCGAUGGCUUCUGCCCUCAACAGCAAAAUUCACGCGCCCGGGACUUGCCUGGGCUCCAAAGCUGAGGCCCACGGCGGCGCCAGCUGGAGAAUGGACUGCGACCCCGAGAUGCACGUGAAAAUGUGCAAGAAGAUAGCCCAGCUCACCAAGGUGAUUUAUUCCCUGAACACCCGCCAGGACGAGGCCGAGGCCAGCAUGGAGGCGCUGCGGGAGGCCCACCAGGAGGAGCUCUGGAACGCAGUGGCGGAGACCAAGGCGAGGUUUCUGCAGGAGCAGGGACAGGGCCGUGCGGAGGAGGAGGAGGCCCUGCUCCAGCGCAUUCAGGCCCUGGAGAGCGCGCUGGAGCUGCAGAAGAGACUGACGCAGGAGGCCCUGGCCCAGUCGGCCAGCUGCAGGCUGGAGACCAAGGAGAGGGAGCUGAGGGUGGAGGCGGAGCAUGCCGAGCGGGUCCUCACCCUCUCCAAGGAGAUGCUGGAGCUCAAGGCUGACUACGAGAAGAGGCUCCGGCACCUGAUGGGCCACGAGGCGCCCCAGUGGGGCCGGCUGUCCCAGGAGAGCCCUGACCCGAAGGCGGAGCCGAGCGCCGGCCCCGAGAUGCGAGAGGUCCUGCUGGAGGUGGAGCGGCUGCGAGUGGAGAACCAGCAGCUGAGCAAGGACUACGCCCAGAAGGCCGAGGAGCUGCAGGCCAGCUACGAGCGAGAGAACGAGGCCAUCCGGCAGGCCAUGCAGCAGUCGGUGAGCGAGGCCCUGUGGCAGUGGCAGGAGAAGGAGACCGACCUCCGCAAGAACUUCCAGGUCCAGGAGUCGGCCCUGCAGGCCCAGGUCCGGAAGCUGGAAGGGGACCUGGAGCACAGAGGCCGCAAGAUAAGCGACCUGAAGAAGUACGCCCAGAAGCUGAAGGAAAGGAUUCAGGACCUGGAUGUGCAGCUCAAGGAGGCUCGGCAGGAGAACUCGGAGUUGAAGAGCACUGCAAAAAAACUCGGGGAGAAGCUGGCCGUGGCCAAGGACAGGCUGAUGCUGCAGGAGUGUCACGUGACCCCGAAAACCGAUGACACGAAGACAGAGCGAAUUGCAGAGAAUGAAGUCUUAGGGAAAGCCAAUGACUUGGAAUCCCGCAGUCCCCGCACUCAGCAGGAUCAGAAGUUCCCCAAGGAAUGUCCGUGCACGAAAGGAGGCACGGAUGCACAGGCCAAGAAAGAGGCGCGCGUGGAGACGGAACACAUAAAGCAACAGUACGAAGAGGACCUUCGUAAAAUCAAACGCCAGACGGACGAGGAGAAGAAACACCUCAAAGAGCAGCUGGUGAAGCGCCUGGAAGACCUGGUGAAGACGCACACGGCGGAAAUCAAGUCGGUCCGCUCGUCGGUGGAGGCGGAGAGGAGGCGGCUGCGGACGGAAGUCGAGGCGCAGUUGGAGGAAGUGAAGAAGAAGUCGGAAAGUGAAAUAAAGCAGCUGGAAGAGGAGAAAGCGGCCCUCAAUGUGAAGCUGCAGAACUCUCUGCUCGAGGUUUUAAGGCUGGAAGAGUUUAUCCAGCAGAACAAGGUGUGCCCCCAAAGGGACGAGGAGCGACCCCAGGAACAGAACUGCCCGCACCACCGCAUUUUAGAGACCCAGGAUCCAUGCUUGGUGCUGAAUGAGCCUCCUCAGACCCUGCCCAGGGGAGAAGAGUAUGAAGAUAAGAUCGCCGCUAAAGAAGGAGCCAGCAGUGACGAAGAGGACAGGGUCCCGGUGCCCCUGGAGGAAGGAGGGGGCCCACAGUCUCCCCUGGGCUCCCUGCUGAAGGAGAAGGCCCCUGAAAUCCGGCGCCUGCGGGAGGAGUGGCAGGGCCAGAAGGCCAGGCUGCAGGCCCAGGUGUCUCAGAUGCAGCAGGCCCUGGAGCAGUGCGCCAGCAGCUACAGGCAGGACCUGCAGGAGCUCCGGCGGCUCUCGGACCAGGAGAGGGAGAAGCUGCAGCGCGAGCUCCAGGAGACCGUCCAGCAGCACCAGGCCGGGAGGGCCCAGCUGGAGGUGUCCCACCAGCGGGCCCUCCGCCUGCUUGAAAAAGCCAAAAACCAGGAACUCAAGGCCACAGAAGAGCUCUUGAAAAAGGAAUCCAGCCACAGCCUCCAGAUGCAGCACCAGGCACACCAGCUAGAGCUCCAGGCCUUGGAGGAGAAGGUCCGGCAAGAGCUCCAGGGGGAGCAGGAGAGGACGCAGGCUCAGCACGCUCUGCUGCUAGAGUCCCUCCGGCAGGAGCUGUGGCAGCAGCGAGCCGCCUGCUCGGAGCACCAGAAGGACCUGGAGGCGCUGCAGGCUGAGCUGAGGACUCUGGGCAGCUCUGACCGGCCGCGGGCCCUCACCCAGGGUGCAGGUGACAGCGAGGACCACAUAGACACCACCAAGGAGGGGCGCGGGCCAGGCGCGGCUGGCUCCCCGAAGGGCACCGCUGAGCAUUCUCCCAGCGGCAGCGAGGAGGGCCUCCUCCAGGAGAACUCGCAGCUCAAGGACGCCUUGCGGCAGCUGCGGGAGGAAGUGGAACAGCACCAGCAGGAGGCGCUGCGGCUCCGCGACCAGAGCAGGCAGCUGGAGGAGGACCAGCAGGCGCAGCGGGCCCGGGAGGUGGAGCUUCUGCGCCAGGAGCACCGGAAGGAGAUGCAGGCCCUGGUGGCGGACUUCAGCAGCGCCCAGGCCCGGCUCCAGGCCCGGCUGGCCGCCCUGGAAACCGAGCUGAAAGAGUCGGGAGAGAAGCCGGGGAAGGGGGCGUCCAGACCGGAGGACGUGCAGCUCAUAGGCCGCCUGCAGACCCGCUUGAAGGAGCGAGAGGAGAUCAUCAAGCAGCUCACGGAGGAGAGAAGAUUUCACUAUGCAGCGCUCCCCAGCGCCAUGUCCCAUCGGAAUCGGUCCUUCUCGUUCCAUCCUCACCCAGGGUAUCUGACCCCGUCCAUGAAGAAAAAGAAGAUGGAGGAAGUGCCCAGCCGAGUGGUCAGCGUGCCCAACCUCGCCUCCUACGCCAAGAACUUUCUGAGUGGGGAUCUGAGCUCCAGGAUCCACGCCCCGCCAAUCACCAAGUCACCCAGCUUGGACCCGGGCCCCAGUGGGGGCCGGCCUUACAAGCCCACCCAGUCUCCAGACGUGAAAACUGCCACAAGGACCCAGGAUGACGAGACGGCCCACUCCAAAGAAGUCCCGGCCCACCCCAAAGAAGUCCCGCAGAAGCAGGGCUCCGCCCACCAGGAAUGGUUCACCAAGUACUUUUCCUUCUAAGUCGAUCCUCGGGACCCAUCACAAAGGGGACGUUUGAAAAGCACUGAAAACUUCUGAUUGAGGGAAUGAACUA